UUUUAUGAUUCAGCAACAUCCUGAUAAGCAAGAUAAUAAUAUUAUCCACUGUGACCUCAAGCCCGAAAAUGUACUUCUUCGUCGUCCAGGUCGCAGCGGGAUCAAGGUCAUCGACUUUGGGUCCAGCUGUUACACUGAUCAACGUACAUAUACAUAUAUACAAUCACGUUUCUAUCGUGCGCCCGAGGUUAUUCUAGGAGGCAGAUAUUGCACUGCCAUCGACAUGUGGAGCCUUGGCUGCAUACUUGCUGAACUCAUAACUGGUUAG